CGUCUGGAGUUGGAUCUCCUUAUACAGUCUUCAUAAUUAAACUAUUAUCCACGUAUGUAUUUCAGAACAAUUUUUACAGUGAUAUAGUUGAGAUAUCAACUAAACACUCUAAUAAAAUAACAUAACAUAGAACAAUUUUUAAGCUCACUCAUUCACAGAGCGGCUUACUCAAAGAUGGCCUUUCUAGAUGCACUCAAUUUUAUCGUAUUCUGUUGCAAAUCUAAUGCUUCUGAGCAAUAAUAGAUAGCUAUUCGUAUAUUAUUGACAGUUGGACGAAAUUUACAUGGCAUAUCAAAGUAUUUAUUUGUUUAUCAAUGGAUAACACUUGAUAACAUAGCCUUCAAAAGAUCGAUAGUUGUUCGUCAGGUUGGUAAUACCAACUUGGUAUGCGUCAAGUAGACUUCAACUCGGGAAUUAAUUUGUAAGCCGAAAAGGGCUUCUUGUAAUUAAAUCUUCAGAAAACAAAAAGGCAUUAAAAAUAAAAUAUGGAACCUGAAGAGUGCGAAACAUAUUCGAAGCCUGGAACGACACGUAGCGAGAAGAAUGCUGCCAUCGACUACGACGAAGAUAGAGUAAGCUGCAUGAGAUGACAGCGUCUUAUUCCGAAAUAUCGUUCGAUUCGCAAUCGUCGCCGCCUAUUUCGGAAUUGAGAUCGCUUAUAGAGUCUCCAGAUCUCGACGGGACAAAGUUUUUGGAAGAUAGCCUAGAAAAGAUGAGUACGGUCGGUGGCAGACCUGAUCAAUUGAAUUUGAAGAACAGGAGAGAUAGUCUAGUCGAGGAUGAAGAUUUAGAUCCUCCGAGUUAUCACAAAGCCAUGGGAUACUUGCAGCUCGAGGGAACAGUGAUGCAAGAUGGAGAUAUGGUUCUGUUUGUGGCAGAAGAUUUGGAAAAUAAGAUCAAACUCUCCAGUCCUGUGACCAAGAAAGGAGAGACUCCGUCUUUUCCAGGCUCUCGAAGUUCUACUCCUUGCUUGUACAGACAAGCUCUAACCCCUCAGUUACCUCUACUCGAUCAUAAUGUAUUGAACGAAUUGGAAAUGGAAGCUAGGAAGGUGGCCACCUCUGUAGACGCUUUGACAGAAAAUUUGGCUGCUAUUUUACAUAGUGCAUCUGCACUGACUGUUGGCUGUUUGGAGACAUACAGAGAUGCAGUUUGUAAAACAUGUGAUGCAGUAGACCAUAAUAUUAAAUCAAUGUAUCAAUUGAUGGCAAAAUGCGAGGAGCUAUCCAAAUCUAUGGGACCUAUUUAUAAGUUGGCUGAACAAAUUAAGGAAAUGAAGAGGAUGCUAGACUUGUUCGAGAGCGCCAUGAAUCUGUGAAUUGUAUUUAGAGAAGCUGAAACUUUUCACUAUUGCACAUUCGUAUAAUUAAUAUAUAUUUUUUUUUAUUGUUUACGAAGAAUGUUUACGAUCACAUAUUUAAUGUACAAACGAUUGUUACAGAGUUGUGAUUGUCUUAGGAAUGUAACUUGGAGCAAUUAAAAGUGAGUAAUAUAUAAAAAAAAAAUGAUUUU